GCUUAGGUUAAAUAAUCGCCGUCAAUGGGCAAGAUGGCGGCCCCCGUUAGGUGUGUUGCUCGAAGGAUACUCCGUGAUUGUACACGUAAAGUAAAUGUGUUAUCAACUAACCAAGCUACAAAGUCGAUUUAUCCAGCUAAUAUCAUAGUUUGUAGAUUCCAUAGUAAUGAUUCAGAGGGUAAAAGUACACAUUUUGGCUACGAGACGGUACCAGAGGGAGAGAAAGCCGAGAGGGUGUAUAAGGUGUUUGAGAGUGUGGCUCAGAAGUAUGACGUGAUGAACGAUGCCAUGAGUCUGGGCAUCCAUCGGAUAUGGAAGGACACGCUUCUCCACAUAAUGAACCCUCUGCCAGGCACGCGCCUGCUCGACACAGCUGGUGGCACAGGUGAUAUCUCCAAGCGGUUUCUGGACUACACUCGUUCCCAGCACGAGCGGCAGCAGAGACGUGGAGUCCGCUCACAGCAGACCCUCUCCUGGCAGGAAAUAUCCAAUGACUACUCACACAACGAUGAACAGGGGCCUGUAGAGUCCACAGCCGUGGUCUGCGACAUAAACAAGGAGAUGCUGAAGGUUGGCAAGGACAAGGCCGAGAAUACGGGCUACAGCUCAGGUUUAUCUUGGGUCGUGGGGGAUGCAGAGGAACUUCCUUUUGCUGAUGACCAUUUUGACGUGUACACUAUAGCUUUUGGCAUCCGCAACGUCACUCACAUCGAACAAGCCCUGGAGGAGGCCUUGCGUGUGCUGAAACCAGGCGGCAGAUUCAUGUGUCUGGAGUUCAGCAAAGUCUCCAACCCUCUGCUGUCCAGACUGUACGACGCCUACAGUUUCCAGAUGAUUCCAGUCAUGGGUGAGGUCAUUGCAGGAGACUGGAAGUCCUACCAGUACCUGGUGGAGAGCAUCCGCAACUUCCCGGAUCAGGAAACAUUUAAAGGCAUGAUUGAGGACGCAGGCUUUUUCCGUGUGCAGUACUUCAACUUGACGGGUGGUGUGGUAGCUAUUCAUUCAGGCUUCAAGCUAUGAGCAGAGCUACGACUGUCUACAGGACAAAACUGAAAAAAAAAAAAGGAAAAAAAAAAGCACCAAACACUUGAGUCUGGACUGAACCGCAGUGAAGAGGUGGGAGCCGCAGAAUAUUCAGACCUUCUCGGAUGUUGUGCAAAUGUUUCACUACUGUUGAGCCAUUGCUUGAUGUCUCCCAAUAGUACGGCACAAGUGAUAGACAUUCUGUUUCAUGACCGGGUUGUUGAAAUAUUGUCUUGCUAUUUUUACUCUAAGAGUGAUGUUUGGAGGAGAGGGGGGGGGGUUUAAAAGAAACUGUAUUUAUUGUUCUGUGAUGUUGCAAAAGGGAGAGUUUUGAAAGGCAAGCCCAAUAUGUCCUGUCUGGUUUGUGCAAUAGAAAUGGCCCGUCUUUUCCCCCUGGUGGCAUUUAAGGACAACGAAAGAACCACAGCCAGUGUGAAAUGUGUUGUUUCACGUACAGGGUACUGUGUAAAGAAACAAAUCAAAUAAAUACUCUUGAGUAUUUUAUAUUCA